AUGGUCCCAGAUAGUGUUCAACUUCGUUUCUAUGACGUCUCCGGGGUGGCAAAGUAUGCGCAUGCUGAUGGGCUGGAGAUAAGAGUCCCUGUCUCUUUCGGACGCAAGGGUUUAGAGAACAUUCUUAGAGAGCUUUUUGGUAUUCCGGUGUUAGAGAGCGGCGAUGACAGGCUCCUUUUCGAUUUCGUUGUUUACGGGGAGCCACCAGUACGACAGCGUGUACAGAGGGAGUCUAGCUUGAGCUCCAGGCUGACAGGGAGCCUACUAAGGGCCCCGUUGGGGAAGUUUUGCGAACGCAGAGGUAUCCCGCUUGAGACAACGCUACACGUAGAAUACUUUCUCUGCCACGCGGAACCCCGACAAGAAGAAACUUUAGCCGAAAUAGACGGCAAUAAUAACUGGGUUUGGAGCUUGUCAUGCUUGAAAAGACAGGGUUCCCGCUCGGAUGACGUUGAAAUCGUCGCCUACUACGGCCUCGGUGGAAAAGGUGGCCUCCUGGAGCUCUUCGGCCCCUCAGUUGAGGUCAUGCGGCGACUGACGCUUGACGAGUCGCACUUGCAAGAACAGGUUCGAGCGCUCGCAUGGUUCACCCGACCCGAGGUGGCCUUUGCUUGGGAGGAUCCGGAAGCAAAGCCGGAUCCGAAACAGCGAAACAUGUCAAGGCAUUUGACUGUGGCAUCCAUGAAACCCGUUGACAAAGAUGAAUCGAAACGAACGAGUCCUUCCAGAGGCGAAGCUGACGAAAGGGCAGGGCUCGCGAGCAAGGAUUCACGGACAAUCGGUUUUUCCGAACGGAUGACACACGCGACUGGUGGGCGCUUGAAGCAGCCAGCGGGUCUCGUUUCUUCCGACUAUCCAAGGCUACAACAGAAAGGCUCAUUUCUAACAGGUUCGGAAUAUCUCGCAGCAGGGACCCUGUCAGGAAAUAUCGUAAUCUUUUCGUUCGAGCAAGAGGCGGCACAGUGCACGCCUCUAGCCUUUUCGCAAACUCUCCUUCGGGAUUCGAGCACCUCCGCUCUAGUGCGUCAGAGAGCCUCAAUCGAAUCCAUUGAUGUGGAGACUGCAGGUAGCUGGGUCACCUAUGGAGAUUCUAGAGGCAGCGUCGCUGCAUUCCGCUGGGAUAUCACUGCGUCAACCGACGCCGCUGAGACGAUAAUUCUGGCAAAAGGCCCUGCCAACGGUUUUGAGAGCCGAGGUGCGAAAGCAACCGUUACAUCGAUCGUCGGCUUACAAGGCCAUGGGUCUGGCAGCCCUAUACGUUGUGUACGCUGGUUAUCGUCGAGCCAGGGGAGCGCUGCUUUAGUCUGCAGCGCCUCCUGGGAUGGUUCCGUUCGUAUCUGGGACGUAGAGCAGUGCGCUUGCGUGCACGAGAUGCUCCUUGCUGGAACUAGGCCAAAUUGUUUCGUAUCAUGGAAAGCCGCAAAUGCUGAAAACUCUUACGAUAACUUGCUUAUCGUUGGUUGCGUAGACGGAAGCAUACGUUUGCUGGAUCCAAGAGAAGCCCCUGUGGGAAAAACGAAGGGCGCGACUCUUAGAGCAGCUCACGGGAAAACAUUCAUUUCAGAUGUUGCUUUGCUUACCCGGAUUCCAGAGUCUGGGCAUUACCAGGGAACGGAGGCGAUUUUUUCGGUUGGUUACGAUGGCGCAGUUCGGGCAUGGGACCUGCGGUGCAUACCAACAGAGUCCCAGUUUCAGAAUCGUGCUGCGGCUAUGCUUUGGGAAAAGCCCGAUGCUCAUGCAGGGAAAGCAGUCCUUAGAUGUUCUCCGUUAGAAAAGAAUGGGUCCCUUCUAACAGGAGGAGCAGAUGGAACCGUCCAGAGAAUUGCCUGGUGA